UGUGUGGAGUCAGUCUCUGUGUGUGUGUGUGUGUGGAGUCAGUCUCUGUGUUGGGGGUCAGUCGGUUCCCAGAUGUUUUUGAAUUUCCAGCGUUCUGUCUGAAUCCACCAAUAGAGUGACACGCGAUGCGCCACGUGGGGCUCGAGCUCCAAUGGGCGCGAUUGGAACGCCAACCGCGAGCACACGCUGGAACUCGUUGAGGACCAAUAAGAUUAGCGGAGCCACAGCGACACUGACACACAACCCGGAAAUAAAAUGAGUUCUACCCACCAGCUGCACAGUCACACACACAGACACACACACAGACAGAUAGACACACACACAGAUAGACAGACAGACAGACAGACAGAUUGAGAGAGAGACACACAAACAGUCAGAGACAUAGAUUGUGAGUCACAGAGAGACACACACGCGUAGACACACACAGUGUGUGAGGGAGUCUCAUACAGACACAGAGACUGUGAGAUUAACACAUACAGUUAGAAAGUCGGUGUGUGAGAAUCGACAUACACACACACACAUAGAAACAGACAUAUGGAGAGAGAAAGAAAAAUAGAUAACACAAAAACGUAGAGAGAGCAACACACACAAACAGAGUGAGUGAUAGAUACACAGUGAGAGACAGACACACACAAACACAACGCACAAUCAGAGGGAGACAUGCACACAGAGCCUGAGAGAAACAGCCAUAGGUCAGGAUUUAAGUUGAACUGACCACCAAUUUGGGACAGAAACACAGUAAAGAUUAACUGUCUGGAUUAAGGCAGAAACUGGUACAGAGAGGGAGAGAAGACCAGAAUGAGUUCUCGUAUGAGAUAAAGACAGCCUAAGACUUUGACACGUUGAAUACAAAGCGAAAAUCUGGACUAAAUCUUGGAUUCAGACAGAGUCUGAGACACAGGUUGAGAGGGAAACAGGCUGGAUACAGCCAUAAAAGUGAAAGAGACAGGAUCACAGCCUGAAUCAGAGAUAUGGCCUGGGGAAGAGCUGGGACACAGGUCGAGAUGCCAGAUGACUGAUGCCCCGAAAAAAGCCACCAAGCCAUGGCAGGAAGGACCCUUUGUUGUUUUUGGAGUCUCCAGUGAAGGGACGGGAGUGUCUGACAGUGCCCCCAUUGCCGUGUGCGGUAAACCCACAGCAAGUCCCCAGUGUGCCCAUCAAGCAGAGUUCUUCGUUUUUAACCUGGGUGACGCCCCAGUUCGAGGUAGGACACGCUCCAAAUGGAGGGGCAAUGGGAAGACACCAGAAGCGUACUGACAAGGCCCUGCUGAAACACAGGAAGUGUGAAAGGAAGCUGAGCUCAGCCUCAAAACUGAAGAAACUGAAAAAGCCGCAUCUUGCGUUUGUUCCCUUGACCUUCAAUAGUUGGGUGUCAAAGUCCCACCUUCAGAAGCAGGCGCAGACUCCUUCUUCAACUAGGCCGGAGUUAAAAAGAUCUUUUCUGGAAGGCAACCUUCAAGGAUGUGGAGUUGAGUCUUCCUGUGAGAGAGUUCAGAGAUCAGAGAUGCUGUGCCAGAAAUUCAAGGGUAUCCCAGUUGGUGAAGGUAAUGUCAUUAAGACUGUCGAGCACAAUCCAUUCCAUACUGUUGGAAACAAUUCCAAUGUCAGCCCAUUAUGUCAUCCCAGGUGUCAAAAUGGCUCCACUGGGAACAAAGCACCACUGGUGGAUCACUUGAUUUGCUCGUCAGAGGACUCCUUCACUCUACCACACGUGAAUACACCCGUAAUUGCCUCCUUACUGUCCCCUGGCAACCAGAGAGUAAAUCUCGAUGGAGGGACAAGAGAAGGACUUGAUGGCCCUGAUGGUCAACCAGGAGCUUGGGACCAUUGGAACAGGAAGUUUGAUCUGAGGGGCGGCUUUGCUGGGUGCACGGAUCCCCAGUCUGUGCAGGUGCUGGUACCGGACACUCCCGAGAAGCAGUAUGGACUCAAAGUGACCUGGCGACAGCGGCCGCACAUCAUGCAGUUUCUGCAAGAACAAGGAAAACUGUCAGAAGAAGACGUGCUGAUCAGUGUUCGAAUGGGACCCCUCGCUCGCACAUGAACUAUCUCGUGGCAGUGAUCUGAGCACGGCUGUGACCUCUGGUCUGGGUGUUGAUGUUGAAUUGCAUGUGAGCUGUGAUCUGGGAGUGUGCGAUGCUUUCAUUGGUUCACCAGUGUGAAGUGUCCUCUGGUGAACCACGCUGAGGCCAAGGCCCGGGCUGGUUGAUUGGAAAACUUCAUUGCGAUUGGCUCCUCGAGUCUUUGUUUCUCUUUGUCCUAUCACAGCAGAGAGAUUCACCCGUGAGGACCCUAAGGUGAAAGGUCAGUGUGGUGAUGAUUAUGCUGCCCAAUCCCCUUGGGUGAAGAUUAAUUCCGAAUUUUCAGAGGUUUGUUGAAGAGAUCGGCUUCCACACACUUUUAUUCUAAGUUGAUGAAAUGGAAUACUGCCAUUUCACUUUGGGAUCCUUGCAAUCUAUCCUGCCCCAUAUCAGUGGAAUGAGUUUCCUCUCUUUGUUGGUUGUGAUGGUCCAAGCUGAAAUGGGAAAUAGUUACGGGGUACACAGAGAUAUGGUAAGAGGGUUACAUGUGGAGAUCAAAUGGGAAGUACAAUCAAAAUACACAGGUGGAUAAAUAUAGGUUGUGCAGUUGGAGGGAUAAUUACAUUCGAAGGUGGCAUAAUUGGGCGGGGGGCACAUGGAAGCAGUAGUCAGAGGAAACAUGCAGGAGAUCGUACAGUUGCGGAGUACAGUGGAAGACAAGAAGCAUUGUCUGAAAUGGUGUUUGCUCAAUUUCAUGCGUGUCUUGAAGCUCUUAGCUCAGUGAGUGCACGCCACCAGUGUUGUAAUACUGAAGGUAAAUGGUUCUGUCAUCCAUAUUAUAGAUUUGUGUUUCCUUGUUAAUAUCUUGCUUUGUUAUGCUUGCUUCGACACUGGUGUCUGUACAGAUUGAUUUGGAGCAAGGAUAUGCAUUGAACAGUUGAGUGUCUGCCAUAUCCCGUGUUGCUGUCUGAAAAGAAAGGAUCGCAAAUAAAGGACUUGUUUGAGGCA